AUGAAAAAUGGUGAAAAUCGGUUUGACUCUAAUUUUAUCAAUGAAAUAAACGCUAUUUUGGAUGAAAUUGAAAAUAUUAUUAAACUUGAAAAAUCUGAACGUGCUGCUCUUAUUACAAUCGGUGAAGGAAAACUUUAUAGUAAUGGUUUAGACUUAAAGCACGCAUUAAGUACUCCCGGUUUUUUUGAUAAUUAUUAUUUAAAAUUAUUGGUCAGAGUUUUGACCUUUCCAAUUCCAACCGUUGCUGCAAUCAAUGGUCACGCUUUUGCUGGAGGUUUCAUGUUUGCUCUGGCACAUGAUUAUCGUGUCAUGCGUGCUGAUAAAGGUUUCUUGUGCAUGAACGAAGUUGAAUAUUCUCUUCCACUCCAUCCUGGUAUGGCCGCGAUAGUUAGAAUUAAAAUGUCUCCAAAAACUUAUCGUGACUGUAUAUUACAUGCCCAUAGAUUUAAUGGUCCAGAUUCAUUGGACCAGGGACUGGUAGAUAUAAUUGCUUCUGAAAAUGAUGUACUACCUAAAGCAAAAGAAUUGGCUCUUAAAUGGUCAAAAUUUGCAAGUGCAAGGCCUUUUUAUGGAAAGUUGAAAGAAGAAAUAGUUAGAAUAUAA